AUGGCCUUUUCUGGCAAAUACGAAGUGGAAAAUGAGGAAAACUAUGAUGAUUUUAUGAAGCGCAUUGGACUUCCUGCUGAUGUAAUUGAAAAAGGAAGGAAUUACAAGAUUGUUACAGAGGUGAUACAAAAUGGAGAUGAAUUCACCUGGUCCCAAAUUUACCCAGGAGGAAAGUCUAUGUCUAAUGUGUUUGUUAUUGGCAAGGAAUCAGAAAUGGAGACAAUGGGUGGCAAAAAAUUCAAGGCAACGGUUAAAAUGGAAGGUGGGAAAAUGGUUGCGGACUUCCCCAACUAUCAUCAUACUGCAGAAAUUGUUGGGGGCAAACUAGUAGAGAUUUCUACAGUCGCUGGUGUAACCUUCAAGAGAAUCAGCAAGAGGCUGGCAUGA